CAUUGCUCAGUCACAACUGGAUCUGAUACCCUUAACAACAGUAUGGAAGAUUUUGUACAAACUUUGGCAUUUUCCCCCCCCCCUAUAGAAUAAAUCACAUUCAGUGAUUGACUGCAUUCAGCAGACUCAAGAGGAGUAUUUUUCUCCUAAACUCUAUGGGAGCACUAUUUUGGAAUAUGUUGAGUACAGCGACAUCACAUUUAAUAGUCAACUUCAUUUAUGCUACUUUCAUGUUGUGAUAACAGAUUAAAGAUGGCUGUGCUCAUACAAAAUGUGAAGUAUAAAUUAUUUAAUAAUAUGAAAGUAUGCUUUAUAAUUAAUGUUAAUCCUCACAUACCUAUCAGCAACUGAAAACAGAUAUAUGCAAAAUAUAAAUUUAAGGAUAAAUUUUAUUUACUCAAAUGAUUUUAAGUUGUGGAAAUAAGCAGAAGCCAAUCUAGCACCACUAACUACUUUCAGCAGCUGAUAAUUUGUCAUUCAGCAGAUUUAUUGCUGUUACAUAGAAGUUACUGCUACCAUACCUCCAUUCAAAAUAGAACUGUUGAAUCUGCUGAACAUAGCCAUUGCUUCCUUGUGAUACAGAAACUCAGCUGACAUUUUUCUCUGGUAUUUCUUGCUUGAAUGGAGAUGAAUAAUGUCCUUGGAAGAUCUUGUAAAGCAAUGAGGCUCAUUUCUUUCUGAACAGUAAUCCAGAAUAACACCUCACAUAAGACAAAUUAAUGCAGACCAGUUACAUUUUGUUAUGGAGAAUGUCAUUCAAUAUAUAUUUUUAUAAAAAUUCUAGAAAAAUGUAUAAGUGGAAGAAGUGGAAGAUACAUUGAACCAUAUCUAUAAUCUGUACUAAAAUAAAAACUAUUUAAUCACAUUUAACACUUAAUGCUUUUACUAAUCAUUCCACUUUUAUGGAUAAUAGCCUUAUCCAUAUUCUUUGGUGACAAAAAAAUUGAACUUAAAAACUUUUCCUGCAUAUUAUCAGCCCAUAUUUAAAAGAAUAUUCAUACAAAAUGUGGUUAAGUUUUGCCUGACAUAUGUUUGAUAUGGGACUAAACAUCUCUUUAAUUGUAAUCAUUAUGUAUAUCAUUUUCAGAAAAUUUUAUUAAAAAUCAAUAUUAUGAAAUUUUUAAUUUAUCAUCAUUAAUCUAUUAAUAAUAAUGUAGAUUAUUACAUAAACCACAAUCUACAUUUGAUCCGCAUCUCAAUAACGUCCAUUUACAAGAGUGUUUGAAGCGACUUUUAGUAAUUUAUAAUGAAGUAAAUGAAAAAGAAAUAUUAAAAAAUCGUGCUGAAAUGGAAACAAUUUAUAUUCUUCAUAAUCUUGGAUCAGCAGAAGCUCUAAAUCAUAGUUUGCAUCUUCCAUCUGACGUGAGAUCAGAUCCAAAAGUGAAAUUAGCCGUUGAAAUUAGUUUAGCUUAUAAACAUUGGAAUUUUAUCAGAAUGUUACGUUCAUUCAGGAAACUUCCUUUCCUGAUAUUCUGUUCAGUAUAUCAACACUUAGAAAAAAUUAGGAGACAUUCGUUGGAAGUAAUAAAUGUUGCUUAUAGUUCAAAAAAUUGCCAGUUUCCUAUCAAAGUAUUAAAAGAAUGGUUAAUGUAUAAUGAUGAAGAUGCAGUUAAAAUAGCAUGUAAUCAUUAUGGGUUGUCUAAUAAUGGAAAAUUUAUAUGCUUCUUGAAAAGUUCUUAUGAUUCUCAAGUUAAGACUCUUCAUCCUGUUAAGGAAUAUGUACUUCAAGAAAAAGCAAAGACAAUUGAUUUGGUUUCAGUCUUAAAUGGAGUUUCUUGAUUAUUAUUAUACACGACAGUCUAAAAUGAGUAUGGGAAUGGAUGUCUACAUCUGGUCCUGGUGCCCUGGUGAGAAUUAUUGGCAACCUGACAGCAGCACAAUAUGUUAAUAUAGUAGAAGGCAAUGUUUUACCCUCUCUCCAAGAGUUGGACCUGUCAAUAAACGUUCAUGAUCACUCCCCGAUACACACAGCCAGAUUGACCAGAAACUGGCUGGAAUGUCAAAGUAACAUCGAUGUCAUAAACAUUGCAGGUCUAACAACUGACUUAUACAAUUUUCCUUUCAGAUUGCAUCUCACUUUCUUGUCGCAUAACACAUGCUCAGCUUCCUCCAGUUCAUCCAUCCACAUUGAAUUCUAUACUGCACCUCUGAGUUCAAUCCUCCUCCCAUCUCAACAAAUGUCCCAAGAUAUUUAAAACUCAAAACCAAAGGAAACGGCACAUUUUCGAUUUCAAUAUUUCACUUGUCUCUACCAUUCAGAGUCAUGUAAGCUGUUUUGGUUGUGCUAAUCUUCAUUCCCCUUUCUUCCAAAAGUUUCCUCCAAUCUUCCAGUUUCUCAGCCUUUGAUUGGAAAAGUUCACAUAGUACAAUAUCAUCCGCAAAUAGCAUACUCCAUGGCGCCCCACACUUCACGUUAUGCACUAACACGCCCAUUAUCAGGCCAAAGAAAUAAGGGCUAAGGGCCGAUCCAUGAUGUAAACCAACAUUAACGAAGAACCCUUUUGUAGUGCCCACACUACUAUUAACUUGAGUCUCUGCUCCCUCGUACAUUUCUUUGAGCAGACUAACAUAUUUUUCUGGAACAUUGUUUUCCCUCAAACAUGUCCAUAUCUGUUGCCUUGGUACUCUAUCAAACGUCUUUUCUAGAUCAAUGAACACCAUGUGCAAAUCUUCUUGCAUUUCUCUGUGCCUUUCCAUCAUCUGUUUUAGAGCAAAGAUAGCAUUAGUCGUACUUUUUCCCAGCAAAAAGCCAAACUGUUCACGAGUUCAAAUCUGAUCUGAGGACCAUGUUUUAUGUUGUAAUUUAAACAGGGUUAAUUGAAACCAUGCAAACGUUUUAGAUCAAGUUUUAAAUAUUAAAGCAGUUUAUAUAUGGAUUUUUUUCAUCUAACAACAAAAAAUAUUUAAAAGAAAUCUCUAUUAGUAAUCCGAUACCGUAUUUUGCGAAUCACUAAAACUGUUACAGAAAAUGCUACAUGUUCAAUACAGUAAUACCCGAACUUACGCGAUAGGUGGGAUCGAGCGAUAACCGCGUAAGUUGGGGUAUAAUUUCGCAUAUAAAUACAUACAAAUAAUUUUUAA